AUGCCAUCAUAUAAGUUGUAUUAUUUUGAUUUAAUGGGAAGAGCAGAGGUCAUUCGUUUAAUAUUUGCACAAGCUGAAGUACCGUAUGAAGAUAUUCGUUUUAAUAAAGAAGACUGGGCAACUCAUUACAAACCAAUGAUGCCAUUUGGUCAGGUGCCAGUUUUGGAUGAAGAUGGUAAACUCUUAUCUCAAUCCACUGCUAUUGCUUUAUAUUUGGCUAGAAAAUUUGGUUAG